UUCAAUCUCAGUCUCUCAUUCAAAAUAUAUAAAGACCUCUGCUUCUUCUCUUCCUCUGUCUCCUGCUAAAUUCAAUUUUUGCUCACAUGGGUAGGCUCAAUCCUAUACUUGUUUGGUCGCUUUGCCUUAGUUUGUGCCUCUUUCUCUGUCCCACAUCGGCGCAGCUAAAAACAAACUUCUAUGCCAACGUCUGCCCCAAUGUCGAAAACAUUGUAAAAAAUGUCGUCACUCAGAAAUUUCAACAAACAUUUGUUACAGUCCCAGCAACCAUCCGUCUCUUUUUUCAUGAUUGCUUUGUCCAGGGUUGUGAUGCUUCGGUUUUAGUUGCUUCCACUGGAAACAACAAAGCAGAGAAGGAUCAUCCAGAUAAUCUGUCAUUAGCUGGAGAUGGUUUUGAUACAGUGAUCAAAGCCAAAGCAGCAGUUGAUGCAGUUCCUCAGUGCAAAAACAAAGUCUCUUGUGCUGAUAUUCUUGCCUUGGCCGCCAGAGAUGUCAUUGUUCUGUCUGGUGGACCUUCGUAUGCUGUUGAGUUGGGGAGAUUGGACGGGCUAAGUUCAAGUUCUAAAAAUGUAGGUGGGAAGCUCCCCCAGCCAAGCUUCAAUUUGAACCAGCUCAAUUCCAUGUUUGCUGCCCAUGGGUUGUCCCAGGCUGACAUGGUCGCUCUUUCAGCGGCGCACACCGUUGGAUUCUCUCAUUGCAACAGGUUUUCCAAUCGGAUUUACAGCUUCAGCCCAGGGAACCCAGUGGACCCCAGUCUCGACAAAACUUAUGCAACUCAACUCCAACAGAUGUGUCCAAAAAAUGUGGACCCCGACAUAGCCAUCAACAUGGACCCAAACACGCCCAGAACCUUUGACAAUGUCUAUUUCAAGAAUCUUGAACUUGGGCAAGGCCUUUUUACGUCAGACCAGGUCCUUUUCACGGACGCGAGGUCUCAGCCCACGGUAAAAACCUGGGCCAAAGACAACGCUGCUUUUCAACAGGCUUUUAUUACCGCGAUGACCAAGCUGGGCCGGGUCGGAGUCAAGACCGGCAAUAACGGAAAUAUUCGUAGCGAUUGUAGUGUUCUUAACUAAGAGGGAAAUAUUUGGGUUUUUUUAUAAAAAAAAUUUGAAGGAUGGCAAAAUUCAGCUUCGGGUUUUCUCUGUUUUUUUUUAAAUAAAAAAAUAACAAUCAUUUUAUUUUAUUUAGCUGGCGGUAUAUGUAAUAAUGGUUAGGAUGGCAAGAUGUCAAUCUGCAAUAGACAACUGGACUUGAGAGCCCCAUUCAAUUUGUUCACAUGAAGGCCGCAAUAAUUUCCAGAUUCUCGUUAUAAAUUAAUUUGCACAAAGAAGACUUUUGACUCUGUCUGGUGCAUUAUUUUAUAAGUCUUCCUUUUGUUGUCAUGUAGACCCCAACGCUGAGUCAUUUGAAGGAGAUUUGAUUUUUCUU